CAUCAUCGCAAAACCCUAGCCAUCUCCCGUCUCUUGUUCGCCUACUCUACGCUUGAUCUUUCGACAGAAUCAAAAAUCAAAGAUGGCUCGGAUCGCUCUAAUCUCUCUCAUGCUCUCUCUUGCAGUCGGAGCUGUUUUGGCCCAAGCACCCGGCGCCGCCCCCACCACCUCGCCGCCUAAGCUAGCACCCGUUUCUCCGCCCAUACCAACCCCUUCGCCAAAAAAAGCCCCAUCUCCAUCUCCCCUCUCCCCUCCCUCUCCAUCUCCCAAAGCACCAAUCGUCGCCCCAGUAUCCGCCCCUACGUCCCCUUCUCCGGCGACCACUCCCUCCAGUUCUGCUCCCACUCCUUCGAUCUCGAAUAUUCCGGCCGCUUCUCCAACCGGAACUUCUGAUAACAACGCUGCUGCUGCUGGAUUGUCUUCCAUCGGGUGGAUCUCUGCCGCUGCAAUCGCCGUCGCCUACGCGAUCUAGAUCUUUGGUGUUUUUGUAUGAGAUGAUAGAUGCAUGUCUUCUCGUUCCUUUCCUGAUCUGUGAUUUGAUAUGUGAUUUGAUCUGAUGGUAAUUUUUUCGUAUGGGUUCCAUUAUUUUCUUCUUCUUUUUUAUUUUUAUGUAAUUUUGUAAUCAGUAGUCGGUAGGCAUGUGAGAUUUGAGCGUGUGGUGGCCCUCGUGGGUUUUCUGUUGUACCUAUUUAUUUUACUGAUUCUUUUUGUAUUAUUUUCACUUUGUUGUUUU